CGCCUCCUCCGCGGCUCUGGUUCCAGCCGAGCCUCACCGACGCAGAGAUGGAAAUCCCGAGGCUGCUCCCAGCUCGCUGGACACGACAGGGCGGCGGCGGCGGCGGUAGCCCCGCGGUCGGCGGCCGGGUCCACGGAGGCCCUGACCCGCCGGCUGGCCAGGCCCCCGCGCGCCGCCUCCUGCUGCUCCGGGGCCCCCAAGAUGGCGGGCCCGGGCGGCGGCGCGAGGAGGCCCGCGCGGCCUCACGGGGCCCUGGCCCGAGCCCGUUGGCAACGAGGCCCGAUCACGCUAGCCGCGGCGGCGACGAGUUCUUCCUGGUGCUCCUUGACCCGGUGGGUGGCGACGUGGAGACCGCGGGCGCCGGUCAGGCCGUAGGGCCCAUGUGGAGGGAGGAGGCCGAGGAAGGUCCGGGGUCCCAGGGGGACGACAGCGGCGCGAACCCCGCGGGCCGCCCUGCGCUGGGUCCCCGAUGCCUGUCCGCGGUCCCCACCCCGGCCCUGAUCCCCGCCCCAGGCCCCAGCCCCGCCGCGGUCUUCGGGGGCACCGUCACUAUCCACAACCAGGACCUGCUGUUGCGCUUUGAGAACGGCGUCCUCACCCUGGCCACGCCCCCGCCGCCGGCUUGGGAGCCGGGGGUCGCGCCAGCCCCGCAGCCCGGGGGUCUGAUCGCCCCGCAGGCCGGGUUCCCUCACGCCGCGCAGCCCGGCGACUGCCCAGAGCUGCCGCCCGACCUCCUGCUGGCCGAGCCGGCCGAACCCGCGCCUGCCCCGGCGCCGGAGGAGGAGGAGGAGAGCCCGGCCUCCGCCCAGAGCCGCCGUGGACCGCUGGGCCCCGUCCCAGGCGUGGUGCUGUACCUGUGCCCCGAGGCGCAGUGCGGACAAACCUUCGCCAAGAAGCAUCAGCUGAAGGUGCACCUGCUGACGCACAGCAGCAGCCAGGGCCAGCGGCCUUUCAAGUGCCCCCUGGGCGGCUGCGGCUGGACCUUCACCACCUCGUACAAGCUCAAGAGGCACCUGCAAUCGCACGACAAACUGCGGCCCUUUGGCUGCCCGGCGGAGGGCUGUGGCAAGAGCUUCACCACCGUGUACAACCUCAAGGCGCACAUGAAGGGCCACGAGCAGGAGAACUCCUUCAAAUGCGAGGUGUGCGAAGAGAGUUUCCCCACGCAGGCCAAGCUCAGCGCCCACCAGCGCAGCCACUUCGAGCCUGAGAGGCCCUACCAGUGCGCGUUUUCCAGCUGCAAGAAGACGUUUAUCACAGUGAGUGCCCUGUUUUCCCAUAACCGUGCCCAUUUCAGGGAACAGGAAUUCUUUUCUUGCUCCUUUCCUGGCUGCAGCAAACAGUAUGACAAGGCUUGUAGGCUGAAAAUUCACCUGCGGAGCCACACUGGCGAGAGACCUUUUCUUUGUGACUUUGAUGGCUGUGGCUGGAACUUCACCAGCAUGUCCAAACUCUUACGGCACAAAAGGAAGCACGACGAUGACCGGAGGUUCACGUGCCCUGUGGAAGGCUGUGGGAAAUCUUUCACGAGGGCCGAGCAUCUGAAAGGCCACAGCAUAACCCACCUGGGCACAAAGCCUUUUGUGUGUCCUGUGGAAGGCUGCUGUGCCAGGUUCUCUGCUCGCAGUAGUCUCUACAUUCACUCCAAGAAGCACCUGCAGGAUGUGGACACUUGGAAAAGCCGUUGCCCAGUCUCCACUUGUAAUAAACUCUUCACAUCCAAGCACAGCAUGAAGACCCACAUGGCCAAAAGGCACAACCUCGGCCAGAAUCUCUUAGCUCAGCUAGAAGCUGCAAAUUCUCUUACGCCCAGCAGUGAACUUACCAGCCAGGGACACAAUGAUCUCAGUGAUGCGGAGACAGUGUCUCUCUUCUCUGAUGUGCCUGGCAAUAGUUCUGCUGCAGUGCUGGACACAGCAUUGGUGAACUCUGGAAUCUUGACUAUUGAUGUGGCUUCUGUAAGCUCAACUCUGGCAGGGAACGUCCCUGCUGGUAAUAACAAUUCCUUAGGGCAGGCUGUGGACCCUCGGGCCUUGAUGGCCACCGGCGACCUUCCUCAAAGUCUGGAUACCUCUCUCUUUUUUGGAACGACAGCCGCCAGUUUUCAGCAGAGCCCCUUAGAUAUGGAUGAAGUCUCAAGUGUAAGUGUGGGGCCAUUGGGAUCUCUGGGCUCUUUGGCUAUGAAAAGCUCGAAUCCAGAGCCCCAAGCUUUGACCCCCAGCAAUAAGCUAACGGUAGACACAGAUGCUCUGACUCCUUCCAGCACCCUUUGUGAAAACAGUGUCUCAGAACUACUGACACCAACCAAAGCAGAAUGGAACGUACAUGCUGACUCUGACUUUUUUGGACAGGAGGAAGAAACCCAGUUUGGAUUCUCCAAUCCAGCAGGAAACCAUGGUUCUCAGAAAGAAACAGACCUUAUCACAGUGACUGGCAGCUCAUUUUUGGUAUGAACCAACUCUAUUUAUUCAUCGCCAUCUGGCUUACUUUUGUUACACUCAGUUCUGAGGAUAUUCUGGACUAAAUGUUUAAAUGCAGUCAUUUCUUACUGGUUUGCAAAAGAACAGAGCCCUGGAAGACACGUUUGGAGACUUAAAUUCUGAUCUUGAGUCUGGAACUGACAAGUUGUGUGACCCGGAGCAAGUCACUUAACCUAUCUGAGCCUUAAUUUCCUUAUUUAUAAAAUGGGGUGGUUAGAAUAGAUUGUUUCUAAGGUCUUUUCAGCUCUGUGAUUCUUUGGUAAUAUGUUUCUUUCCUUGAAAAAUAUUAGGACAUCUUUCAAUGAUGAUGUUACAUGUGCUUUUUUUCAAACACGAGGUUAAAUCAUAUUAUAAUCAUUUGUGUACUUUGUCCCCAACUUCAACAAUUACCAAUUCAUGAAGAAUCUCAUUUAACUAAUGCCUACUGGCUUCCCCUCUUCCAGUAUUAUUUUUGAA